AUGUCCUCCCUCGUCUUUCUCCUCAAGAGCCGAGUCCUCUCUUACAUCUUCAGUAUGCCAUCAGUCUCUUACGAGCCAUACCUCCUUCCGGGAUACAAAGACUUGGCCCUGGGUUUCGAGAUUCCGUCUCCUACAGCAACGAGGAUGAACAACGCGCAACAGACUGCGGUCCAGCGACAACAAUGUCACCCACCGCCCGGGAUAUACACCGCCCGGGACCUUGUAAGAGUUACAGCUCCGUUGCUCAACUCGAUUGUCCACGCAUUGGGCGAGGACACUGAUGGAGAACCAUCUUCCAAGGAUGUCCUUGUUGACGGCUUGGCUGCUAGCUUGGCCGUCACUGGGCGAGAGUCCACUCUCCCUUUGUCAUACGGCAAGAGUGACACCUCUCGACGCGAAAUCGCCAAUCAAGCUCAGGUCAUUGGCGAUGCUCUCGUUGAAUACGCAAGAUCCACACCUCAAGGAGGCGAAGCAGAUCAAAAUGUUAAGCUUUACAGUCAGUGCGAGGGUCAUCUUUGGACCCCCGCUGUCGCUGCGCUCUUGCUCGGUCCAAGAAGCAAUGCUCAACUCAUGCAACUCUACAACGAGUGGCUCCACCGGAUGAUCCUUCUUCGCGAUGCGUUGCUACCCUUUGAGAACUUUGAUCAAGUUCCCCUGGUUAUCCCAUCGUCGAACAAGCAAGGCAUCAGGGACUUUGAAGAGCCACGGAAGAAUUUUCUGCUUCAAUGUCUGACUGGAAGAAUCUCUCAAGCGGCAAUUGUGGAUGUGGCCAAAGUUUUCACAGCCAGAAGUCUUGGUUCAGGAGGAUAUGGCUUCCAGUACUCCCAAGGCCUCGUCAUGCCAGCUUUCCUAUCGUCCUCACCAUCACUUCACCUUCUUCGACAUCACCCUGCGCGAAUCGACGACUCACAAGUCGAUAUCCUGUUCGACUACGAGUAUCCUGUAUACUUUGACGCCGAGAGGAACGAGCUGCCCAAGGCUGAGGAGAGCCUGCCCCCUGGACAGUGGCCGCCGCCAUCUCUUCUCGCUUUAGAACCACAGGUGACGAGGUCUUCCAUCGGCGUGCGGACCGGAAAGGAUCCCGCAAGGCGCGUUCUGAACAUUCAGCUUGGUCUUGGGAACGGUGAAUCCAUCACCGUUGACGUUGGCCAAAUCGGCCGGGGUAUUCGGUACGCCUAUAGAGCUGCAUCUGCAAAUAACACGGGGGAGAAGAGAAGCUUGGAGAAGAGCUUUUUACAAGAGCCGAUAUCUGGCAAGACCAAGAAGACCGACAUUACUGCACUUCACAUCCACAGUGCUGGAGAUAUUCUACGGGCCCCUGGACUCAUCACCCCUGAUAUCAAAAGCCGCUCAAAUGAACUGCACUUAUUCUGGGCUAAGGACCCUCUCAUCAGGUUGGCCCUUCUUGGGAAGCUUUACCCCGAGAACGUCAUACUUCUCGACGAAGAUGACGAUCCUGAGAAAGCAUUGCAUGUGGGCAAAGGCUUUGGUGGGAGGGUGGUUGUAGUUCAGAACAAGCGCCGCAAAAUCGCGACCGUAGAUGGUGCGUAG